AUGACGCUCACCAACAAUCUCGUCGUCCUCACCGGCGCCACCGGUUUUGUCGGCUCGUCCACGCUAGUCUUCCUCCUCCAGGCCGGAUACCACGUCCGAGCCAUCGUCCGUGCGGAAGGGCAAAUCCAGUCGGUGCUCGCACGAGCAUCAAUCCAAGAGCUGAAACCCGGGCCACGGCUCUCCUUCGCGGUAAUCCCGUCCAUUACCGCGGCCGGGGCGCUGGACGACGCCAUGGCAGGCGCCACCCACGUCGUCCACACCGCGUCGCCCCGCGCCGCCGGCGGGGGCAAGAGCGUCGUCCCGCCCGAGGAGCAGGUCCGCCACUUCUACGAGCCCGCCGUCGCGGGAACCCUGAACAUCCUCGACGCCGCGGCCAAGGCGGGCACCGUCCGGCGCGUCGUCAUCACCAGCUCCAUCUUCGCGCUCGCCCCGCUCGCCCAGCUGCAGGGCGAGGAAGAACCGCCCACCGAGCCGGUGACCGCACGGGACCGCGCGCCCGAGACGCCGCCCACGCGCGCCCCCUGGCCGUCCGACCUCGCGGCCUACGCGCAGUCCCAGGUGUCGGCGCUGCUGGAGACGGAGGCCUGGCUGGCGCACGGCUGCCGCCCGCGCCCGCCGGCCUUCGACGUCGUGCACCUGCACCCGGGCGUCGCGCUGGGGCCGGCCGCCGGCGCCACCCGCGCACCCGAGGUCAUGCGCGGCGGGGCCAACUCGCUGCUCUUCGGCCUCCUGCUCGGCGGCGCGGGCAGCGGCAGCAGCAGCAUCCCGCCCACCAUCGGCGCGGCGGUUGACGUGCGCGACAUCGCGCGCGCCCAUGUCGCGGCGCUGCACCCGCAGGUGCCCGGCGGCAGGGGUUAUAUUCUGGCGCGGCCGGUGGUGUGGCAGGACCUGGUCGGCGUGGCGCAGCGCCUGUUCCCGGACCGCUUCGCGUCGGGCUUCUUCGUCGCCGGCGGCCGCGUCCGGACCGUCCAGGUGCCCUUCGACACCGGCGACGCCGAGGCCGCCCUGGGCUUCAAGUUAUCGCCCCUGGACGACGCGGUGCGGGACGCGCUUGGUCAGUAUUUUGCGCUGAGAGCUGCGGGGGAAGCCGCCCCGUGA